UAAAACCAUACAUACCCAGGGCGAAAAGAGUACUUAUUGAGAGGGAGAGGGAGAGAGAGAGAGAGAGAGUGGUAAUUUGCUGUGGACAGGGGCCAGGAGCGAGAGGGAGGAAAGCCGGAGGCAAAAUGAACGAAGACGCCAAGAGGAUCAUCCCGGGAGGUCUGUUGAUCAAGUCUCCGAUCUCAGACGACUUGAUUCCCUCUUCGGUGGCGGCAACUCCUCUCCCUGAUAAACGCGUCAUUAUCAAGAGCGCCGACAUGCUCCCCGACGUGCAGAAGGAGGCCAUCGACACCGCCAUCGCCGUCAGCUCUUCUCUGAUACUUAAUUUUAUAUAUUUAAAUUUGAGGCAUUUGAGAAGCACGGUGUGGAGAAGGACGUUGCGGAGCACAUUAAGAAGGAGUUCGACAAGCGGCACGGCUCCACCUGGCACUGCAUCGUUGGUCGUAACUUUGGUUCCUAUGUGACUCAUGAAACAAACCACUUCAUCUAUUUCUAUUUGGAUCAGAAGGCUGUUUUGCUAUUCAAGUCUGGAUGAUUGUCAUCAUGACGUUUAUGAUGAUGGUGAUAACGAUCAUGAAAAAUCCGUGAUUAGGACACUGUAAUUAGAACCUGUUUGUUUUAAUUGAAAGCACUAGCAUGCAAACCUUUUCAGGACAUUCCUGUGUUCAACUUGUAUAUCUUGUAUAACUUCAAUUGGCUUUUAACUUUGGAUAGCAGUCGUGUUCUUGACUCGAGUGCAAUUCGGAAUUAGUGCAUUGGGUAUCAAAGCAUAUCUAUGUUUAA